AUGGGGCCUAAGACAGUCACCUACCUGCCGUGUAAUGGGCCGGCCCAUUGUGGCUCCGGGAGAGUCCAAUCAGGGAGCGCCCCCCUCCCCUGACGUCACCAAUUGAGACCCACGUGAGGGGGGACGUCGCCUUAUCUCCUCAGUCGAGAUGCCGUCCCACUGCUGCGUGCCCAAGUGCACCACCAACUACAGCCGCUCGGACCUCAACGUGUCGGUCUUCACCCUGCCGCGGGACCCGGGCCGGAGGCGGCAGUGGCUGAAGGCCAUCGGGAGGCAGGAGUACAGCGUCGGCAAGAGUUCGGUCGUCUGCAUCAGGCACUUCGAGGAGGGGUCCGUGGUCAGGGAAGACAGGGCCACCAGGAUUGACGGCAGCGUGCUCACCGUGCCCAGGGCAAGGCUCAAGCUGUGCCCCACGGCCUGUCCGACACUGCACCUGGGAGCUUCCCCCCUAGCGCCCGCGCAGGAAUACCGUGGUGUCAGAAACGAUGCCUCGUUGGUACCACCAAUACGCCAAACAGCUUCAAUAUUCAAACAGCCUGUUACUGUCUACCGAACACAAGAGGGGAAAGUGAAGGCUGAUUUCAAACACGGACCUCAGGAGAAGCCUAAACAGCUUUUCUGGGAGAAAAGACUUGAGGGUUUGAGAGCCAGCGAUGCUCAGGGGAACCCUUUGGAACCGAUGGAGCUGCCUCGAUCUCUGCGGCCUGCAGGACCCGGGGUCACGGAUGAAACCUUGCUUCAGUCGGUUGCGACUGCACUGCACGUCCUCGGUCAGCCGAUCACUGGUCAGACAAAUAUGAAGCCAGGCUCGGAUAAGAAUCCUGCAGUCUUCAUUAACCCAGAUCAACCCCUGAUACAGGCUGUCAGCAUAAGUGAUGAAGAUAUUAAACGACAAGAAGAAAGAGUCAAUAUGGCUCGGAAGAAAUUGCAAGACGCGAUGAAAGAAUACGAUCCAUAAAUCGUGUAUAUGUCCCUUUUGUGUGUAUAUAGUUUUUAUAUGAUAGUAUUUAUAAAUUUUAUUCUUUUUUCAAAAAAUUAAGGUUUACCAGUUAGGUAUUGGGGUGUGGGUGAUCUCAAUACUUUCCUCUUAUGGCAAUAUAGAAAUGUCCAUGUUUAUAGUCAUCGUUAAUUAGAAUAAGUAUAGGAAUUAACUUGGAAUUUUUAAAAAAAUUGUCAGUUUAUAAUCAUUUGUUAGAUUCGGAGCAUAAUGUACUUAAUUGUAUGAAUGAAAUAAACAAAAAUUAAUAAUAAUAAUGUUAAGUUAUCAAUUGCUCAAUGAUCGAAACCGAUAACAACUGAAUGUUAUUUCGUCCAUUUCAUUUAUAAGUUAGAGGUAAUUUGUUGAAUUUAAUUCUAUACCAUUUGAUGUUUGGUGCUCAUUGUUGGUGUAUGAGUUAUUUUUAUAAUAUAUUUUCUAAGGAGAAAUGAACUGAUCCUCUUUUGAGAAGUGCAAGAUAGUGCUCUAUUGUAUUUCAUGGGUCCCGAAUUAUAUGCUCUUUUUUUCUUUUUAUAAUACAUUUCAUUUAAAAUAGUAUGUUAUUCUAGUCUUUCAGUAUUAUGUUUUCACUGCCAAUUUUUUAAUUUACAUGUCAAAGUGACAAAUGUAUUUUAGCGUUCUUUUAUAUCAAUGGAUUUCUAUGAAAUAAUUUUAAUUGAAAUUUAAUUUAAUGGUUUUAUAAGGGCCCCUGAUAUAUCUUUUUCUUAUAAAAACAAUUAAUUAUAAUAUAGUAUCAUGUAAUGUUUUUUAGGAAAUACAUCUUUUAUUUUAAAUUAAUUUUUACUUUAUCCAUUUAUUUCAAUAUGAUUAAUUGACAUUGCAAGCACUAUUGACUGAUUUUCAAGCUGUCUAAAAAUCUUCACAUUCUUUUUUCUUAUUUAAUAAUUUCUUACAUAGUUCGUCCAUAAAAUAAAAUUCAUGUCAUGAUACAUUUUUCUGCAUUUAUUAAAUUUUUGUCAAUUAAUUAAUAUGACAGGCAAUUUUUCCUCUCUCACUGCUUAAAAUGGACUAUAUUUUAUGAUAAUUGUUUCCUUAAAAACAUAAUAUGAUAUUACUUUAAGAAAGUACCUUUGAAAAAUAGUACUGUGGUUAGUAACUGAAUAUAAUUAUAAUAUAUAUUAAAUGGGUUAAUCCCAUUUUAAUAUUAACAUGCAUUUGUAUUAAACUUUAACAAUUUUGUCUUUGAGUUUCUACAACAGUCUUCUAUUUCAACAAUAUUUAUUGUCCAGAGCAAAGAUAAGCUGUACAAAAUUUAAUUUUUGUCUGAUAGUAUAUUUAUUAUAUAUUAAUUUAUAAAUAUUUAUUUAUUUGUAUUUAUUUUUAAACUAUUUUAGGCGAUAAGCAUUUAUAUUUGAGUUGAUUUAUAAUGAUAUUAUAGUAUUUUAAGCUCUGUAUAUAAAUAAGGAAUUUUUUAAAAAUAUUGUUAUCAAAAUGUAAUGAUCUGUUUUAUCUGUAAAAAGAAAAAGAAAAAAAAAAUGAAUGUAGGUUUAUGAAAUUUGAAAGUAAUUAUUAGUUAGUUCUGUACUUAACAGACUGACUUUAUUUCGUCAUUGUCUUUUCGAAUUACGAUUGUAACUUACCAGCUGUCGAAAGAUCUCAAUGUCUUGGCUCCUUGUAUCUACUGUAAUAUAGUGAAUAAAUCAAUCUAUAUAGAUGUU